UAAAAAGACCUACACAAACCGGCAAAGUGCACAGUUGCAUCUGGUUUCGGUGCAUUGCAAGUAGCAGACGAGAAUGAAGGCUUUCAUUGCGAUUUUACUGUUCGCGGCUCUGGCCUCCGCUCAUCACCAUGGACAUGUGGACUACGUUGUCAGGGAUCAUAGCGAUCUUGUUAGAUUUCGUGAACAUUGCUCCACUACGCUAAAUGUGCCUGCUGAAUUGGUGGAAAAGUAUAAAGUGUGGAACUACCCCGAUGAUGAGGUGACCAGGUGCUAUAUGAAAUGUGUUUUCGAGCAGUUUGGUUUCUUCGAUGCGGUGCAUGGUUUCGAUGUGCAAAAAAUCCAUCAUCAACUUGCUGGUAAAGACGCACAUGUCGAUCACAACGAUGCAGUCCAUGGCAAAAUCGAACAUUGCGCUGAUAAGAACACACAGGGAAGUGACGCUUGUACUUGGGCUUAUCGUGGUGGUAUGUGCUUCAUCAAAGAGAAUCUGCAGUUGGUGAAACACAGUGUAAAAACGGAUUAGCGUUAGAAAAAUGACUAAAAAAUGAUAAGUGCUUUAACUGAUAAUCAUUAGUGAGAUUUAAUAAAAGUCGUAUGAAACGGAAAA